GCGGCGCAGCCGCAGCCGCGGCGGGCGGAGCGCGGAGCCUGUGCGCGGCCCGGGCCCGGCUCAUUACUCAGCGGCCGAGGCCGGAGGCGGUGGUCGGCCAGAAGCAAAAUUUGGAUGAAGUGAACUAACCAAGUUGCCGUCAUGAGCAGGAGCAAGCGUGACAACAAUUUCUACAGUGUUGAAAUUGGAGACUCAACUUUCACCGUAUUGAAACGGUAUCAGAAUUUGAAACCAAUAGGAUCAGGAGCACAAGGGAUAGUAUGUGCAGCUUAUGACGCCAUCCUUGAGAGGAAUGUUGCAAUCAAGAAGUUAAGCCGACCGUUUCAGAACCAAACCCACGCUAAAAGAGCCUACAGAGAGCUUGUUCUUAUGAAGUGCGUUAAUCACAAAAAUAUAAUCGGCCUACUGAAUGUGUUCACACCUCAAAAAUCCCUGGAAGAAUUUCAAGAUGUCUACAUAGUGAUGGAGCUCAUGGAUGCAAAUCUCUGCCAAGUGAUUCAGAUGGAGCUGGACCAUGAACGAAUGUCCUAUCUUCUUUAUCAAAUGCUGUGUGGUAUCAAACAUCUUCAUUCAGCUGGGAUUAUUCAUAGGGAUUUAAAGCCCAGUAAUAUAGUAGUAAAGUCAGACUGCACUUUGAAGAUUCUUGACUUUGGACUGGCCAGAACUGCAGGAACUAGUUUUAUGAUGACGCCUUAUGUAGUGACUCGUUACUACAGAGCACCAGAGGUCAUCCUAGGGAUGGGAUACAAAGAAAACGUUGACAUUUGGUCAGUUGGGUGCAUCAUGGGAGAAAUGAUCAAAGGUGGUGUUUUAUUUCCUGGUACAGAUCAUAUUGAUCAAUGGAAUAAAGUUAUAGAGCAGCUAGGAACACCAUGUCCCGAAUUUAUGAAGAAAUUACAGCCUACAGUCCGAACUUAUGUGGAGAACAGACCUAAAUAUGCUGGAUAUAGUUUUGAAAAACUCUUUCCAGAUGUCCUUUUCCCAGCUGACUCCGAACACAAUAAACUUAAAGCAAGUCAAGCAAGAGAUUUGUUAUCAAAAAUGCUGGUUAUAGAUGCUUCUAAAAGAAUCUCUGUGGAUGAAGCCCUGCAGCACCCAUACAUCAAUGUUUGGUAUGAUCCAUCAGAAGCAGAAGCUCCUCCACCAAAGAUACCAGAUAAGCAGUUAGAUGAGAGGGAGCACACGAUAGAAGAGUGGAAAGAGUUGAUAUACAAGGAAGUCAUGGACCUGGAGGAGAGAACCAAGAACGGGGUUAUACGUGGCCAACCAGCCCCUUUAGCACAGGUGCAGCAGUGAUCAAUGGCUCUCAACACCCAUCUUCAUCGUCAUCUAUCAAUGAUGUGUCUUCAAUGUCAACAGAUCCAACAUUGGCCUCUGAUACAGACAGCAGUCUAGAAACCUCAGCUGGACCUCUGGGUUGCUGUAGAUGACUACUUGGUCUUUUGGGGGGUGGGAGGGGGGUCCUUUUAGUCAUUAAUAGGGCACUUUUAAAAAUUGGUGGUAUUUUUGAGUGUUUUUUCAAAAAUAAUCAUGGAGUUCAUCAUAAAGUGCUGUAAUUUCAAACUGUAAGUUGUGUUAUAAGCAGCCACUUUUGCUGUAAUUAACUGUAAAAUAUUAAACCUGGUAAUUUUUAUUGUGGUUUUAAAAUCUGCAUAUUUGCUUUACUAUUAUGCUGCUGAUCUUUUUUUACUGAAUUUGUAAGAUUUGUUUUAUCAAAGCACAUAUUAAUGUUGUUCAUUACCAUAUGAUGAAUUAUUUAAGAUUUUAUAGGUUUUCAAUUUUUUAAUUAGAAUUUAUUCCAGAUGUUUUGUUCAUGAUAUCCUUCAAAGUUUUAUGCUUGGUCAUGCAUCUGUGUCCAGGUGGAGGGGGAGAGAAUUCAGUGCAGCCAGCUGUAGUUUCAGGCAUACUACUGUGGUGCUGGGUAGUGAACAAAAUCCUCUUUUAUUCUGGCCACUUGCCUCUAGUACUUCAGCAAAAGCAACAAUUAGUGAGGGGUUUUUUUUAGAGAAACAGAAAAAAACCUUUGCAAAGUAACAAUAUCUGAAUGGGUUUAUGAACUUAAGAAAGCAAAGCAUAUCUUCAAAGCUGCAGAAAUAUCCAGCCUAGCAGAGUAAUGUGAUAUUUUCUGCAGAGUUGUGGCAUGCCAAAUCUUGUGAUCACCAUAAAACAUGAGGAUAUUUCAUGAAUAAUACAUUGCAAUGCCAAUAAACUGUUUACUUCUAGCUCGUAGCCUGUUUUUGUACACACAAAAUGAAGUGUAUCCAGAAUGUUUAGACUGACAAGAGGGAAUAUGAAUAUGCUGUAACUAUACUUUCAUGUGAGAUGUGAUUCUUGGGAAUUCUGGUUCUUACUGGUUUUGUCUACUAAGGCAAGUGAUUUUUGGGUCAAAGAGGGAAUGACAUGGAUGCAGUAGGGGCAAAACUUCAGCUACUCUGUCUCCACCAAAAGUAACUGAUUACUAAAAACCAUGAAGUGGUAGGAGAACCUCAGGAUUUCUGUAGCUAAUGCAUUAAUUGAGCAAUAUAUGCCAUCCAAAGGGGGGAGAAGUAGUGCUGUAUAAAUUAAUAUUUAUCUCUUUUAUUUCACCAUGAGAUCAGUGUAGCAGAAAUCUUAGCAGUGGUUCAUUUUAAGUCAUAAAUAUUCAGUAGUUUUCAUCAACGAAGCUCCAGGUUUCAAUACACUUUUUAAACAAAAGAUAUAUUGAGAUAUAUAGAACAGUUAAUAAAAGUCAUGUAAGAUGGUGCUGCUCCUCACAGAAGUAUUUUAACUGUUUACAUUUUAUAUUUACAGAAUGAUUUAUGUAUAACUGACUUAAGUUUAUGUAUGAGUUAAACAAUCAUUCAGAAUUUAUUUCUUUGGAAAAUGCAGAUUUUUAGUGACGCUAGGCUGUAUAAUUGAUUGCCUUGUGUAGAUGCAUAUUUUGUGUAGUGAAUUAGAAUGUGAAGAGGAACUCAAAUUAGUAAAGCUCACAAAAAUGGGCAUAAAAGAUACAGAAGUCUUGCCAGGCGCUGAGCAUAAGCAAAUAAUGUAACUGCCUGCAGAGGUCAUCUAGGAGUGACUAGUGGUCUUCAGUGUGGUUCCUUCUGCUUGUUGGGUUAAAUAAGCAUAUUUUUGAAGUUUUAACUGAAAGAGGAAAAUUUGUCUUUGCAGUAAGUUUUAGAAAAACAAAAGUGAUAGUAACGUCCAACAUGUCUUUUUAAAAAACAUGCAGGGUUGCAAGGAGUGGUAAUGUCUGAAAGAUAACUAAAUUGAUAAACUACACAGUUGUUUUCCUGGCCUGGCUAGACUGCUGGUAAGUGCUGUGUGCGUGUAAUUUUGCUUUCCUCGCUUAUAUCUGAUAUUGCAAUAUUGCCUUCCUAAGCCACAUUUGUUAAGGCAAUUAUUUUUGCAGGAUCCUGCCAAAUUGUAUAUUACCUCAGAACAGGCAGGACAAGUUUGGAUUCAUCUAGCACUGGAAUGUAGAAAAUGUUGAACAGAGACCAAUGGAACAGUCUUUUUUGUAAUUUUUUAUCAAAGUUUAAGCUGUGAAUCAAGCCAAAAUUUUUGUUCAAACAAAAAUACUCCUUUGUUAUAUAGGGUCAAGUGAUGGUGUGGUCAGCACAGUGUAAUGAAGUCAAGACAAAAGUAACUUCUGAUGGCUCUCAGUGUUGUUAAAAAUAAAUUGGCAAAUACAGUUUGUAUUUAAAUUUAUUUUAGACCUCACUGGAUUGCAGUGAUGAUUUAAAUAUUUUGAAACUUUAAAAUAUUUUUGCUAUCACUUUCCAGUGUCCAAAAUAUAUAGUAACUAAACUGAGCUCAUAUAUGCUAAGGAGAAUUGAGCUUUUCUUCUUUCAAGGCAAGGUCAGUGAAUGUGUGGGACUGCCCAGUGCAGCCUGUUGCAGUGUGUGAGCAAGCUGUGCUUAAAGGUAUUGCUUCAGUAGGGUCAGAGCUUUGUCUGUGGAAACCAAGAGUUCACUUUUGGCACCAUCUUCACAGGAGUGUUGCUUUUUCUUUUUUUCAGUUGCUUUUAUUUUAGGCAAAUUAAGUGAUGACAAAUUUCAAAGACAAAAUCAUAUCCAGUAAUCAAAUUAUCACAACAGCAUCCUGUUCUUAACUUCCCUUUUUAUUUGUUGAAAUAUAAGCUUUUUUCAGAUAGGUGUACACUGCCACAGAUAGCAAGCAAAUGGGUAACUGGAAUUCAGCUGUUUUUGUCUAUUGUUAGAUUAUAUGCUGUACAAUACACUGUACAAUUUUAAAGUAUUGUUAAGUUUUAUUUUAGACUUUGAUUUGGAAUCUUCUCAAGACAACAGGCUUCACUCAAGUGCAUGCAACUUUCUAAGGCCAUUCCAAUCCACUGGGAGUUGAUAUGGAUUGAAUUACCAUGAGCUGUCUAUCUUACUUCAGGUGAGGUUCAAAGCUGGGCAGUAAUAGUGAGAUUGAAUUCUGCCUUCUCUGGGCCAAGCUGUGAUAUGCAGCAAGGGUAAAGCAGCACUCUCCUUCUGUAGAAGUAGGUUGUUCAAGAACUUGAAAUAGAGAUGGGGUGGGGGGGAAUUAGUACGCUUAGAGUGUACUGGGGUGCUGUGCUGGGAAGUCUUUUGUUGGCGCAAGACAGUGCGGCAGAGCGGAUGUGUAGCUGUGUGUGAGCAGCUGUGCUCCUCAAGCACAGCUGCCUGGUGGAACACGCUCAGCCUGGGUCAGUGCUCGGCUGAGCACACGUGGCACUGUGCCCUGGCCAAGCUUGGGCUUUUAGCUUUGAAGAACUUUUACUAUGUGAGAUGCAGCAGCAUCUUUCUGGGCAGGAAUUCCAGGUGAACAUAGCAUCAGUGGUGUGGUGGGAGUGCCCUGUGUCCCCAGCACAAGCUGUGCCAGUAGGGCCCUGCUGCCCAGGGCUGGUGGGGCCAGCACUGAGCACCUGGGCUGCACUGAGCACCUGGGCUGCAGCUCUGUAGGGAGGGAUGGAUGGAUGGAGCAUUCAGCAGUGCAGUGCAUGAAGGAAAAUGUCAACAACCUCCUACAGGAGGAUGAUCCUACCCAGCCAAUAGUCGGAAGAGUAUGACAGUAAAUGUUGCUUGAUAAAGAUAAUGGGCAAAAGGGGGGAAGAAGGUUCAGCUUAUACUAGGUCUUACUUUUUCAUGUUGUGAAAGGGAGUGAAUUACAGUUUCUAGAUCUGUUUUUAUUUGCUUUUGGCAGCAGCUUGUCCAUACUGUUACAUUUUAUUUUCCUGUCAGUGGUUUGGAGCAGUUGAAGGAGAGCCUGUCUGUAUUUUUCAGCAGAAUUAGAAAGAGGUUUUUAUUGAAGCAGUGUGAUAAGACUGUACUGCCUACCCAAAUUUUCAAUUAAUUUAAUUUAUUCUUAGUUAAGGGCACUGGAUAAUAAUACUUUAAGUGGUCUCUCUCACUCCCUUCCCUUUGUAUGUCCGUGUUACAGAUAUGUGUGAAAAAUCAGGUCACGUUGUGUUUCUAUUUCUGCAGUUCAAAAUUUAAGCUAGGUUUUCUUGAACUACCUCACACAAACUUUCUACGUUUCUUAAGCAAAGCUAACCCUUGCUAUUGGAACUACACUGAAUGUGAAUAGAAAAUACACCUCCUUUAGAAAAACAAACCUAUUGGCCGAUGUUGAGACAAUAUCAGUACGUUUCUUAUCUAUUUCACGUAAGAUGUUCAUGUGUAAUAUAUAAUAUAGCCUGUGUACAGUAAUGUACAUCUAGAUUAUUGUGUUAGCUGUAAAUUGGUGAUUUAUUAUUGUAGUCUGGUUUUGUAGGGUAAAAAUAGCUUACUAGUAAUGUCAGCUCAUCCUUUACAUUUUACAAAAGGAAUAAUUCUUGGUAAGCUUUGCAUACAGAUGAAUUACUUUUGUAGGCCCAAUAUCUAGUCUAUUUUUGAGAGUUCUUUAACUUUUAUUACUAAAGUUGAGAAAAAAAAUCCCACCCCAAUUAUUGUGAUCAUUCCUUCUGCCCUUCUUGAAGUAUGUUCUUAAUUUUAUUAUGUCCCAAGAAAUACGAAGGGGAAGAUACACCAUUAAAAAUACUGGGGAAAACUAAUUUUUUUUUCUUCCCCACAUUUGAUACCUUUUUCUGCUUUUCUUUUGUUCCCUCCAAAUAAGCUGUUGGUGGGCAUUACUGAGAACAUUGUGGGGUUUUUUUAACUCAUUCAUGCCACAGGUCAUUACAUGUGCACCACUGGAAUGUAUACAUUGUUAUCUAGUACGUCAGUUGGUUAUAAUGAUAUUUUAAAUAAAAAAGAAAAAAAAAAAAGUUU